GCAAAAGUCAGAUGAAAUUCAAAAGUCAAACGUAUAUUUAAUGAUAAUUUAAUAAAAUUUAAUAAUAAGCGUAAUUAUUGUGAUUUUGGAAUACCUUUUCAGGCAAAUAUGGAAUUUUUGUUUAAAGAGUCACAUUUACGACAAUCGUAAAUUGUCAUAUAGGAGAAAAGACGUCAUCGGUGCGAGGGUUGGUGAUGACCUUGCGCACCCCACGACGUCGCAUCUCGCCACGCACCAAGCGUAGAUAUCGGGCCAUAAGGGAGUUCUUCCGCAGAGCGCUAGGUAGCUCGUCGCAGCCGGAUCUUAAAAUAAGUUCCAGUAUAGCUUUAAAUGUCACUGAUCUUAAACGUAAGAUAGUUGGCCUCGAACAACAGUUGGACGAGGUAAACCGACAUUGUAAAGAUAUCACGUGCUUUGAUUGCUCUAGGCAAGAGUCCGAAAGCUGCCUUAGGUCAGAAGCGAGGAACGUUAGGGAGUCAGAGAGCUCCAACCCGUCAGAGGGGAAGCACUUGAGAGAAUUGGACAGCUGCAACCCCUCUGAGGGAAAGUUCGUGAGAAAUUCAAACAGCUACAUUUUAGCAGACGUAAAGAAUGAGAUAGAUACGAUCGAGGAACAGACUGAGACAUCUUACGAGAAAAAGUUGAAUGGCACCGAAACUAAAUUUCUAUACAAGUCUUCUGAUGGUAAUUAUAUAAAAUCUGAAGAGAGCGAAAACAUCUGCAACAUUCAAGAUGCGAUCGACGCGAAACAAACACAGGGUUUGCUUGACGAGUACGGAAGACAUAUCACUAAAGUAAAAAAUAAAAAAAAUAAACUGAAUAGAAGUAAUGAUCACAGCGCAAAAUUGCAUAAAUAUAAAGCGAGAUCAGUAUACGAUAAUAUAGCUUCUGCUAAUUCUACCAGUAGUUUUCGUUCGCUUGCAGAGCCACGGAUGGUCCGUUCUAGUAGCCCUGGUUACUCAGGUCCUCAUAAAGACAGAAAUUAUUUACCAGAAUAUGCAGAGCCCGCACCUUCGCGUACCCAUAAAGAUAAGAAGUACAGAGAGCUUAUGAAAAGAAAUAAGAUUGAAUUACAAAAAGAAUAUUAUGAGCCGCGGCCUCUUAAGGCCCGUAAACACAAACACCAGAAUCGAGAACUAGAUCAAGAUUUUAUAGCUGAUAUAAUUAGAAGACAAUAUAAGCCUAUGAAAAUGUUUGAUAGAAGACAAUCGGACCUGAGUCAGAUCUCAGCACCUAUUUGUCGGGAUCAGGAAUUUCCCUCCAUCCGUGAAGAUAUACAGGAGGGUACCGAAUUAUGUUCAUGCUGUUACGAUGUAACUAAGCACAAGACAAAAUACAGUGACCUUAGCGAAAUGAGAAGCAUUUGCGAUACUCGUCUAUACAGUUCUAAGAAACAAGCCCGAGGUAAGCGUCGCAGAGUACCCAUGGAGGUUUAUGAUAAUUCCGACCUCUAUGAUCUGAUUCCUGUCAAAGAAAAGUGUAGUCCAAAGACACGGAGAAAAUUUGUGGAGGAUACUAUGAUACCUUAUGAAUAUUACAGAGAAGUACCACCAUCACCAAGGACACUAAGACCAAAGCUUAAUCUCAAAGCACAGUAUAACACGGAAUUUGAAGACUAUAUGACGCACAUGAAACAUGCUGCUAAGAAAGGUUCACCACAUAAGCAGAGACGACGACGCGAGCGCCUUGAAGUUGAAAGCGACAUAACAUCAGUAGCUGAUCCGCAGUUAACUAAAAGGCAAUUACUUAAGACGCAUAAAAAUAUGACGUGUCAGGUCGAGAACGACGAUUUAUGCCAACGAGACAACGCUACUGCAGUCAGUUUACAAUAUCCAACAUAUACGAAUGACCAAGCUAAUGCUACAAUUGAAACAGCGUUUAAUAAAACAGACGAAAUAGAAAUGCCUGUUGAUAAAACUGAUAAAGCGUUGUGUGAAAUAAAAGAUAUAUUACAAAAUUUUUUACAUGAAAUAAAGAAAGAAACUACACCCUCACAAUGUGAUAAAUCCGAAAUCUCCUCAAAAGAUGAAAAUUGUGAAAAUAAUAACAUAAAUGAAAAUAGUACUAAGAUUACUGGCAGCAGGAUGCCUAACAGUAGGCACAGCAUUAAUUACAGCGUAGGUUGCAAUCAGUCUCCGUAUAUGACACCAUUCCAGAAUCCGUGCUGCUAUCCGAUGAUGCAGAUGUGCCCCAUGAACUGCCCUAUUUCUAUGCAGAGCGGCUUUAUGAUUCCCAGUCAAAGCUACACCUGUACAAACUGCGUUAAUGCGUCAAAGGAGCCAGUUCAUAGCGAGCAUUGUUGUAAUAAGAAUGUAACCACAACCGGUACUUGCCACACCGAAACUUGUCACACCGAAACCGAGGAGCUUAUUAAAGAAAUCUAUAAAUUUGUAGCACAAAGCCCUAAUAGGAAAAAAGAAACUGAUUGGAACGAAGCUGGACAUGUUGGAACCAAAAUACUAACGUCAAGAAGCGUCGGCGAAAGUUCCAAAAUCUCUAAACACGAUGCUAAAGUGGGAACAGCGCCACUCAAAUGUUAUUCAAAGAGUUGUGAAGCAAUCGGGUCCAGAAACGGUUCCGAAGAAUACAAUAGCGAAACUAACCCUACUUAUUCAGAUACUGUAUUAGAAAAAUUCAGUUUAGAAGUGACACAAUCUACAAUUGAUUCCGAAAUGGAGGAUAUCAUUACUACUGAAGGAAAGGACAAAAAAAAGAAAUUUUCUAACGUCCUGCGAUCCUUUGGUAUGUUUAAAAAGAAGAAGAAAGAUGUUAUUGAAGAACUCAGCGAAAGUGAAAGUGCAGUUGAAGUACCAGUUAAACCAAUGCCUCCAAGAGCACCCUAUCAACAGGAGAUAACAAACUACAUGAUGCAGGAACCAGAAUAUUAUCGCCCACCACCCCCCAUGACGUCGUAUUAUCCGAGACCUCAUGAGUAUCACCCGGAUUAUCAUCCACCCUAUAACCCUGGGUUACCCGAGUACCAGCCACCACAAGCAAUUCACGAUUACUAUGGACCCAGAAUGCCGUACCCGGGAAUGGUAGAACAAGCCAGCGCACCCCCUCUACAUCCUAAGGAACGACCUACCGCUCCUCCAUACCACAGCACUUACGACAAUCCAUACAAACCAAUGCAACAGCCACAGGUACCGCUCUGUUUAAAAGAAAUAGAAGUAAAAAGCAUUGCUACACAAAGUGAAAGAAAGAUGUCAAUAUUCCGGAAGAUCAAGAAGAAGAUGCAGUUACCACAACUACAACUACAACCACAGCCGAUGCCACAAUCAUCAGAUGACGAUAACUACCAAAAGACUUGUUCCACGCAGACACAGGUUGCCGAGACCAAGUUUGGGCCUGUUACAAAGCCUUUAUUUAACUGGAAGAAAUUACAAGCCAAAGCUAUGGCAAAUCAGUCAGAAGUUGAUACUAUGAAAAACUUCACUGCACUUGCCCAGAAAGAGUUAGCUGAUAAUGACCUCAAAAUGAGAAAUGUGAUGAUGAAGAAAUUAUUUAAUAAAAGGAAUCCUUUCUCUCCGAAGAAUCUCAUGGUGCAGACGUUGUUAGGAAGAGACAAAAAUUACAUUGAGCCCCCUGUCAUGUUUAAACCGAAACUGUUCCUUUGAUUAUGUGCUCGGAGUCAGUAUGGAAAAAUGUAGCGUUUUGUAUUUUAACGUUGUUUUAAGAAUUUGUUAAAAGCAUCUUUGUAUUUUAU